GGCGUGUCUACUCGGACAUAUAUACAGUAUUGUUUGUGAAUGCAACUGCUGAUAGAAGAAAAACAGUCCAGUGCUACGGAUGGUUCCUAAAUUGCAGAGAGGCACAGUAUAUAAGUCGUUACGAUCAAUAUACUAGUUUUAAAACGCUCGCCGUAUCAGCUGUGGCUUACACCUGUAUAGCGUUAUCUCUACAAACGAUGGUAUUUUUGAUUCGGUGUGACUUCAUCUGAUAUUUAAGAAUAAACAGGGUUCACACACACUUUCAUCCUGAAAAUGGGACCCAAAUACUACGACUUGUUUGGGAAAAGCGUCACACCGCAAACGUCGCAAAGUAUAUGUAAACUGCUAGCGAGCAUCAUAUACCUGUUUGUGGCUCACGCUACAAUGAGUGUGACGGUCAUUUUUGUAAACGAUCGUCUGCCCGACAGAGAAAAACAUCCACCUCUCCCGGACUUGGUGCUGGAUAAUCUACCUUACAAACCAUGGGCCGCACAUGCUGCAGAGAUCUGCCUCGCGACGGAAGUACUUCUGUGGGCAGUUGUGGCUUCAAUUAAUAAAAAGAGUCUCCAAAUUGUCCAUAGAACAUUUUUAGUAGCGGGGACCAUGUACUGGCUUAGAUGUGUGUGUGUCUUGGUAACGUCACUGCCAGUUCCGGACGUUCACAAAAAGUGCUAUCCCUUUCCUGAUGCGGACGUGUGGGACAAACUUCAUAGGGCAUUUCAAUUUUACACUCGAUUUGGAUUACAGCUGACAGGAGCCCGGACAUGUGGUGACUACAUAUUUAGUGGACAUACGACAGUUCUAACUCUUCUGAAUCUUUUUAUUAACGAGUAUGCUCCUCGCUCUCGUUGUUUUAUCAGAGGCAUUACGUGGUGUUUGAAUAUAUGUGGAAUGGCUUUCAUUUUAUUGUGUAGAGGACAUUACACCCUCGAUGUAGUUAUCGCAUUUUAUAUUACAUAUCAAGUUUUUACAACAUACCAUUGUCUUCUAGUCAAAGAACGGACAAGUACGUUUCCAUGGAAAUACGCCGACAUGGUAGCAGAAUGGUUUGAGCCGAGUACAGACACUUUAGUCAGUUUUGAGAAGUGUUAAUUGCAUAUAAUUAUAUCGGCGAUAGAUAUAGAUAAAUAAAAAUAUGUAUUUCACGUUUGUUGGAAGUUACACAUAGUCUGUGUUAACAUGGUGCUUCGUGGAAUAAUAUAAAGAUGUACGCCAAGGAUGAAAGGUAAUGCGUAGUGUCCAGUUAUAGAAUAUCAUUUGUAACUCAACCUUAAUUAACGAUCCAAUUAAGAUUAAUUAAUCAAUAUAUAACAUAUGUGCUCAAUGCAAAUUAUUUUUAAUCAUUAUGAACUUAUUUAUUUAUAUGACCAAAUGUGUUUUGAUUGAAAAUCGUUUUUACACAGUUACCGUUGAACAGAUAUUUCUAUACAUAUUCAAACUGUUUUAGAUUUCAGUUAUUUUAAGAAAUCCAAUUCUGAAGACUCCUUCAAUAAAACAGUUAUGUAUACAUGA